UUUAUUCACACUACAAUCACUUGCUACAUUUUCUUUUUCUUUUGGCUUCUCCUCUCUCUUUCUUCUUCCCCAAGAACCCUAAAUAUUUAUGUUUACUUAGAUGAUUUUGAUCGAAGAAUUAGAAAAGUCUGCUCAUCUGAUCCAUUGAAGGAAUCCACCUUCUCAUAACCAAAUGAAUCUGUUUCAGAGUGAGAAGAGAAGAGUUGAUGAAGAUUGGAUUGCGACACUAUUGAGCUUAGAGUUCUUUGGGAUAUGUAUGGAUCAUAAGUAUCUUCGAAAGAACGAGAAGAAUGUCUUUUGCAUUGACUGUAAUGUCCAAAUAUGCAGACAUUGUUGUGACACAGUUCACUUUCUCCAUCGUCGUCUUCAGAUUUGCAAAUACGUUUAUCAAGAUGUUGUGCGUCUCCUCGAUAUUCAACACUGCUUUGAUUGCUCCGAGAUACAGACAUAUAAAAUAAAUGGAGAACAAGCUAUACAUUUGAAUUCGAGGCCACAAGCAAAAGAUGCAAGACCUUCAACAAAAGCCAAGAAUGCAGCUUCAUGCGUGACUUGUAAAAGAUAUAUUCAAGAUCGUCCUAAUCGAUUUUGCUCUAUCUCUUGCAAGAUUUCAGCUUGUCCAAAAAAGCACAAUUUUUGUUUCUCUCCAGAAAUAAACCAAAGUGCUUUGAGGAAAGAACAUUAUAAUCAAGAAGAAAAAAUAGAGGAGAAAAAAACAUGCAUAUCAUCACUCACCGAUGUUUCAGAAGACUCGGAAGUUUUAUUGAGUAAUUUUUCAUUGAGACCACUCAUGAGGAUACUCAAGAGAAAAGGAAUUUCUAAAAGAUCUCCUCUUAACUGAUUUUAUUUUCUGUGGAUUUUGUUAUCAAAAACCAUACAUUAUUUAUAUUUCUAUUUAAGAAGGAUAUUAUA